GUGAACUUUAUACCUGGGGUCGAGAUCAAGGCGAUGGUAGAUUGGGCCUUGGUAGUGGCGGAGGUCCGGGUGAAGGAGGGUCUUUUGCCACUCCUUCCAGAGUAAAUGCAUUACCUGUGCCUGUAGCAGCAGUUAGUUGUGGUGGAUUUUUCACUAUGGCAUUAACCGCAGAUGGUCAGCUAUGGAGUUGGGGAGCAAAUUCAAAUUAUGAACUGGGAAGGGGUGACAGUGCUGAUGAUUGGAGACCAAAGCCGAUACCUAGCCUUCAAGAUACUCGUAUAGUUCAGAUUGCUAGUGGGGGGUAUCAUACUCUAGCAUUAACUGAUAAAGGUGAAGUGUUUUCUUGGGGCCAUGGAGGUCAUGGUCAAUUGGGUCAUAGUUCCAUUCAGAUCCAGAAGGUCCCAACCGUCAUUGAGGCAUUGGCUCAGGAACAUAUUACGUAUAUUGCAUGUGGUGGUUCAUCUUCAGCUGCUGUUACCGAUAAGGGAGUGUUAUACAUGUGGGGAAAUGCAAAAGACAGUCAGCUGGGAGUUCCUGGGCUUCCUGACGUUCAGCCAUUACCUGUCCAAGUGAAAUUCCUUAUGGAUGAAGAGCGAUUGGGUUCCCAUCAAGUGCUUUCAGUCUCAGUUGGUGCAUCUCAUGCCAUUUGCUUGGUUUUGAGGCAAUCCAUCCCUUGAGGAAUUUGAAGAGGCUCCUUUUAUUUAACUGAGAGACCAGGCUUAAAGAUAGUAUCCGUUUUGAAAAAAAAAUGAAGCCUCCUGCUCUUUGUUGUUGAUAUCAGAACCAGAAAAUUCUCUCAGCAAUAUAUUCUGCUAAGAAGAUUAAGGUUUCGUUUGGGACGGUUUUCUUACUGUUUUUUAAAGCAGUUUUUUUAUUACAAAAUUUUUAAUUUUUUUACGAAAAAGCUGUUUUAAGAAUUAAUAAGAAAGCUGUCCCAAACGACAAUAGACGCGACAGGUGAAGGUAUUCUGGAUUAAAAAAAAUCACAGUUCAGUGAGGAGUUAAAGCACAGUUAAGCUUUUUUUUUUUAAUUAUUAUUAUUUUAGAGAGAUGGAGUUCUUUGGCUCCUUGGUAUUGUCUUACUUAGACAAAUCAUUGAGGUAGACUGUUGCCUGUCGAUGUAGGCAAGCUUAUUUAUUUACUGUGAAUCUACAAUCAUAGAAUCUUGCUUGAGCUAGGAUUAAUCUUGAUCAGCAUACAUCAAUGAAGCUUUGAUUGACCAUUUUAUUGGUUUUAUUUUU